AUCUCUUCCAGAAAUAAAUUGAGUUGUUCUACUUUUAUCUCUAUGGGGAGAAACCAUGACUCUUCACUUCUUCUGCCGGCAACCCCUAGGAUAGGCUGAACCUUGAUUGGCAGUGGCAGGCUAUCCAAUUGCAGCAGCACAAGUUACGACGCAAGCCGCUACCCGAGAGGCAGAGGCGGAGCUUAUUGGCGGCGCGGAAGAAAGCUGUUCGGAAGGUUGAAGAUCUGCGUGGGAAAGGGUUUUUUCCCCGAGUCCAUCAUGUCUAUUAUGUCCUAUAAUGGUGGGGCCGUAAUGGCCAUGAAAGGAAAAAACUGUGUUGCCAUUGCUGCUGAUCGGAGGUUUGGCAUUCAAGCUCAGAUGGUGACUACAGACUUCCAGAAAAUUUUCCCAAUGGGAGACAGACUAUUUAUUGGCUUGGCUGGACUUGCCACAGAUGUACAGACAGUCGCUCAGAGACUCAAGUUCCGGCUGAAUCUUUACGAACUGAAAGAAGGCAGGCAAAUCAAACCUCAGACUCUGAUGAGUAUGGUGUCUAACCUCCUGUAUGAGAGAAGGUUUGGACCGUACUACACAGAACCAGUGAUAGCUGGGUUGGACCCAUACACAUUCCAGCCCUUCAUUUGCUCCUUAGACUUGAUUGGCUGUCCAAUGACAACAGAUGACUUUGUAGUCAGUGGGACUUGUGCAGAGCAGAUGUAUGGCAUGUGCGAGUCCCUGUGGGAACCAGACAUGGAACCAGAUCACCUCUUUGAAACCAUAGGCCAAGCCAUGCUCAAUGCAGUGGACAGAGAUGCAGUCUCGGGCAUGGGUGUGGUAGUCCAUGUAAUUGAAAAAGACAAGAUAACUACCCGAAUGCUGAAAGCUCGCAUGGACUGAGGGCACGGUUGUUUUGGGAUGCCUAAUGUGUUACUUUACAUUGUUUUAAUGGCUGCAACACUCUCCUGUUAAGGAAACCAUAAAUAAUUUUGUAAUCCAAGAGAGCUCCUCAAAUGAUGGAAAUAAGAUGUAUUGUUGCUAGAAUAAAUGUUUUCACUAAGA